CAAGCCUGGUAUUGGAGGGAGGAAAAGGGCGGGGCGGGAACAGCCGCUGCCUGCUGGGAACCAAACCGAAAGCACUUGGCUGGAACUGGACCGGGAGUCAGCUCCACCAGUGGGAGUGGUCCAGCUCUUCCGCACCGGCACUGGGCCCUGAAGGCUGGAAGAAAUUCUAGCCCCUUCUGCCCAUAGGACCAGGGCUGAGUGAGGGCAGGUGGGAGCCCCCCCACCCGGGGGGGGGGGGGGAAGAAAGGGCCUCAGGCCUGGGUGCUGCCUGGCUCCUGGAAGAUGCCUGUGUCCUGGUUCCUGCUGUCUCUGGCGCUGGGCCGAAACCCUGUGGUCAUCUCUCUGGAGAGGACUGUGGGGCCCCGAGAUGCUGCCCGCUGCUCUCCAGGCCUCUCCUGCCAGCUUGGGGUCGGCAACGACGUGCUCUGCCUCCCAGGGAGCAUUGAGUCUGCCCCAGGCCCUGUGCUGGUGCCCACAUACAUGCAGACAGAGCUGGUGCUGCGGUGCCACCAGGAGACCAGCUGUGAUCUCUGUGUGCGCGUGACCAUCCGCUUGGCUGCACAUGGGCACUGGGAAGAGCCUAAUGAGAAGUCAGAAGGAGCAGCUGAGCCAGAGCUCAAGGUGCCUAGAAAUGCCUCUCUCCAGGCCCAAGUUGUGCUCACCUUCCAUACUUACUCCACUACUCGCUGCGUCCUGCUGGAGGUGCAAGUGCCUGCUGCCCAGGUGCUGCCCGGUCAGGCUGUGGGUUCUCUAGUGUUUGAUUGCUUUGAGGCUGCUCUGGGGGCUGAGGUUCGAAUCUGGGCCUAUACUCAGCCUAGGUACCAGAAGGAACUCAACCUCACACAGCAGCUGCCUGACUGCAGGGGGCUCGAAGUCCGGGACAGCAUCCAGAGCUGCUGGGUCCUGCCCUGGCUCAGUGUGGCUGCAGAUGGCGACAAUGUUCGGCUGGUGCUCAACGUCUCCGAGGAGCAGCAUUUUGGCCUCUUACUGUACUGGAGUCAGGCCCAGGGUGCCCUAAAACCCUGGUGGCACAGAAACCUGACUGGGCCACAGACCAUUAUCUUGAACCACACAGACCUAGUUCCCUGCCUCUGUAUUCAGGUGUGGCCCCUGGAGACUGACUCAGUCAGGACCAGCACCUGCCCCUUCAAGGACGAUCCUCGAGCACAUAGGAACCUGUGGAGAGCAGCCCGCCUGCAGCUACUGUCCCCAAGGAGUUGGUGGCUGGAUGCCCCAUGCUCCCUGCCUGCGGAGGUGAUACUGUGUUGGCAGUCACCAGGCGGGGUCCCCUGUCAGCCACUGAUCCCACCACUGCCACUGGGGAAUGUCACUAUGAAUAAGGCCAUUGAGUUCCCUGUGCUGAAAGGCCACCCCAACCUCUGCGUCCAGGUGCGCAGCUGGGAUAAGGUACAGCUUCAGGAGUGCUUGUGGUCUGACUCCCUAGGGCCCCUCAAGGAUGAUGUGUUGCUGGUGGAGACCCAAGGCCCGCAGGAAAACAGAUCAUUCUGUGCCUUGGAACCCAGUGGCUGUAUUCCACUGCCCAGCAGGGCUGCCACGAGGGCAGCUCGCCUUGGAGAGCAGUUGCUGCAAGACCUACACGCAGGCCAUUGUCUGCAGUUGUGGGAUGGUGACAUACGAGCAUUGUGGGCCUGCCCAGUGGACAAGUACGUCCACAAGCGCUGGGCACUGGUGUGGCUGGCCUGCCUGCUUCUUGCUGCUGCGCUUCUUCUUCUGCUCCUCCUCCAUAAAGACCGCGGGAAAGCUGCCCCCGGGGCCCGCGCGGCCCUGCUACUCUACUCGGCGGAUAAUGCGGCCUUUGAGCGUCUGGUGGGCGCGCUGGCGUCGGCGCUGAGCCGGAUACCGCUGCGCGUGGCCGUGGACCUUUGGAGCCGGCGCGAGAUGAGCGCGCAGGGCCCGCUGGCUUGGCUGCACGCGCGGCGGCGGCAGACCCUACAGGAGCGCGGCGUGGUGGUGCUGCUCUUCUCGCCCGGCGCCGUGGCUCUGUGCCGGGAGUGGCUGCAGGGCGAACCGCCGGUGCUGGAAGUGCAUGGCCCGCACGAUUCUUUCGCUGCUUCUCUCAGCUGCGUGCUGCCCGACUUCCUGCAGGGCCGGGCGCCGGGCCGCUAUGUGGGCGCCUGCUUCGACGGCCUGCUGGCGCCGGACGCGGUGCCCGCGCCCUUCCGCGCCGCGCCGCUUUUUUCCCUGCCCUCGCAGCUGCGCGGCUUUCUGGGCGCCCUGCAUGGGUCUACCACCGCGCGCCCCAGGCGGCUGGAGGACAGCGUGGAGCAGGUGGCCUGCGCCCUUCGGCCAGUCCUGGACAGCUGCUUCCGGCCCCCCGCUGCUCGAGAUGGGCCCGAGGGCGGGACUUGAAUAAAGCAGAAACGGUUUUCUACGACCGCGUCCGCGUUUGGCCUCUGCGUCCCGGCCGCUGACUGGGGCAGUCGCGUACCCCGCCCCUUUAAAGCUGGGACAGGUGCCG